CUCCGUCGGGAAGAUUUCAGCCAGGUCGAGCCCGACGCGAAUCAGGAGCUAUGGGACUUGAUCAAGAGCAUGAUGCAUGCGGCGCCUGCGCUGCGCAUAGGCAACCUGUUGGCCGACACGCAUCCAGUCGUUGUGCGCGCACGGGAGCUUCUGCAUAACACAAUUGGCCGACAUACGUGUUCUCCGCCUACACCGCUGACCUUGUACUUUAUCGUCUCUUCCCCUGCCUGGUACAGGCACAUGGUCUUCUUAUAUAUAUGA